CAGUAACUUCUCUCUCGUUCUCGCAUACCCAAUCUGAAUAUCGAUUGUUACCAUUCUUCUCCAGUCCGGACUUCUGCAGCCAGCGUUCUCAAGGUCGAAAGCUGUUUCACAAGUGUAUAUACAGCAAUUGCAGCAUACAAUCUUUCUCAUUUGAGCCUAUCUGAGUCAACCCGCGUGAGAGUUUUCGUCCAGAUUCACUCGCAAGUCACUGAUUACUGCUCCCGUCUGAGGUGUUGCAGAUUGAUGAUUCAGAAAUCACCUCAUACACAUCAUCCUUCAAAGUUUGUCAUUGCAAUGGUACUCGAAACGGAAGAAAGUCGACCUGAAGAGCCAUGGGAUACCUUACCUAUCGAUUUCCUGAUGAAGAUUCUCAGAGAUCAUGGUCUGCCAGUUUCUACACUUGUGGCAUGUCGUGUAGUUUGUAAGAAGUGGAAGGAAAUCGUAGAUGGUCCUGACUUCCGGAGCAAAAUCUGGCAUAAAUGUGUCAUUGUCUAUGACGCAAGGACUGACGGCACGGCCCACUUUUGCUGUAGAAAUCAAUGGAUCACAAAGAAUAUUACAUUUCCGCCGAAGGAACUGGUCGCUUCUGAUGGAGGCCUCCUGUGUUUCAAUGAAGAACUGUCAACAGAAUUUGUUAUGUAUGAUCCAGUUCCGGACAAAUUCCUGACCUUAAACGUACCAUAUGAAAUCGAUGGAGUAGCUACUGUUUUGGGUGGUACGAUAAAAUGGAUCCUGGUAGGCUUAGCCGUGGACAAAUCUACGAAAAGCUUCAAGCUGCUUUUGGGAGGAGUCCGAUCGCUAUAUAAACUCAGAUCUUUGAUGUACGACUCGACGAUCGGCACAUGGUCGUGGCUUGCUCAUCGGUUUCCCUUAUCGGGAGGAUGAUCCUAACAGCGAUCUCUACUUCUUCGAUCAGAAUCCAAUGGUCCGGAGACUGGAUGGAGCUCUGAUCCGUAGAAUCAGAGAUGAAGCAGUGAUGCGUUCUUCGUGUUCGAGACAUCUGCUGUAGACCUCCAGGUGGCGAAAUACUGCGCCGAAUCAGACUUAAUUUAUUUUUUACCCGUGCCUACUUUUCGCGUAGUCCCUGAGUCUCGUUUCUGGAGAGACCCUUGGUGUGCAAUGAUUCCAACGCCCGGAGUAAGUACACAGCAUGAGUGGACAACACAGCCACAGAGACACCUGGAGGAGGAGGAGGAGCUAGAAGUUCCGAGAGGAGAGGCGGCGCCGGAAGCUCAAGCAGGAGGAGGAGAGGACGUGCCGGAAGGUACAUGAGAUGAGGAGGCAGUGGAAUCCCCAAAAGAAGAAGAGCAGCUUUAGGAUCUUCAGACCAUAUCAGUCCUGAACUUAAGGUCUCCUGAGCCAAGUGGUGCUCAACAAUAGAAUCAUAUUGUCAACUAGAUUUAUAGCUCAGAUGUUUCUUUUCCUCCUUACGAGCCAGACGUAUAGAUCCCCAUCCAGUGACGAUCAAAGGUAAAGAUAGAACGUGUGGGGUGUUUCUGAACGUAAUUACACAAUCCAGUAAGCUGCACGUUGGAUCGACAAAGCGACCAAUAUCAUCUACAGUGCACCUUGAGAUUUCAACAUUUACUGAAGUGGAAAACUUUGGA